GCACUCCACCAGAACAAGCCAGCGCCAAGUGGUGCAAAGCACCAUCCUCUUCCGCACUUGGUGACCUCAUCGCCAGAAGCACACUAACCAUUACCAUUGGCAUUCCCAUAACCAGACGACCAUCUCCCAUCAGGAGGAGCAGCAGCUAACCACCAGGAAGCAGCAGCAGCAGCAGUAGCAGCUGGACAUACCCUCCUUUUGCAUGCCAGCUGGACGAGAACCUGUGGGCAGCCAGCGCAGCAUGGAUGUGGAACGAAGGCGCCGGGCGAAUACGCUCGAGCGCGAGAUGCGCGAUCCGACCAGCAUCUGCAAUGUGGACUGCCUGCUGGACACGGUGUCGGCCUUGGUCAGCGAUUGUGACCACGACUCCCUGCGGCGGCUGAAAAACAUCGAGCAGUAUGCGGCCAAAUACAAACCAUUGGCCCUGCAGAUCAACCAGCUGCGCAUGAACGUCGAGGACUUCGACUUCAUCAAGCUCAUCGGCGCCGGCGCCUUUGGAGAGGUGCAGCUGGUGCGGCACAAGUCCUCCAGCCAGGUGUACGCCAUGAAGCGGCUGUCCAAGUUCGAGAUGAUGAAGCGCCCGGACUCCGCCUUCUUCUGGGAGGAGCGGCACAUAAUGGCGCACGCCAACUCCGAGUGGAUCGUCCAGCUGCACUUUGCCUUCCAGGAUGCCAAAUAUCUGUACAUGGUGAUGGACUUCAUGCCUGGCGGCGACAUAGUGUCGCUGAUGGGCGACUACGACAUACCGGAGAAGUGGGCCAUCUUCUACACGAUGGAGGUGGUCCUUGCCCUGGACACAAUUCACAACAUGGGCUUCGUGCACCGCGACGUCAAGCCGGACAACAUGCUGCUCGACAGCUAUGGCCACCUGAAGCUGGCCGACUUUGGCACCUGCAUGCGGAUGGGCGCCAACGGACAAGUGGUCUCCAGCAAUGCGGUGGGCACGCCGGACUACAUCAGUCCGGAGGUGCUGCAGUCACAGGGCGUGGACAACGAGUACGGACGGGAGUGCGACUGGUGGUCGGUGGGCAUCUUCCUCUACGAGAUGCUCUUCGGCGAGACGCCCUUCUACGCGGACUCGCUGGUGGGCACUUACGGCAAGAUCAUGGACCACAAGAACUCGCUCAGCUUUCCGCCCGAGGUGGAGAUUAGCGAGCAGGCCAAGGCCCUCAUCCGCGCCUUCCUCACCGAUCGAACGCAACGUUUGGGUCGCUACGGCAUCGAGGACAUCAAGGCGCAUCCGUUCUUCCGCAACGACACCUGGUCGUUUGACAACAUUCGUGAGAGUGUGCCGCCGGUGGUGCCGGAACUCUCCUCCGACGAUGAUACGCGAAAUUUCGAGGACAUCGAACGGGACGAGAAGCCGGAGGAGGUAUUCCCCGUGCCCAAGGGCUUCGAUGGCAACCACCUGCCCUUCAUUGGCUUCACCUACACGGGCGACUAUCAGCUGCUGUCCAGCGACACCGUGGACGCGGAGUCCAAGGAGGCCAGUGCGGUGAAUAGCGGGGCGGCCAGUAAUAAUCACGGGCACAACCACCGCCAUCGACCGUCGAACUCCAACGAGCUGAAGCGCCUGGAGGCGUUGCUAGAGCGGGAGCGCGGUCGGUCGGAGGCGCUGGAGCAGCAGGACGCCGGUCUGCGGCAGCAGAUCGAGCUGAUCACGAAGCGCGAGGCGGAGUUGCAGAGGAUUGCCUCGGAGUACGAGAAGGAUCUGGCCCUGCGCCAGCACAACUACAAGGUGGCCAUGCAGAAGGUGGAGCAGGAGAUCGAGCUGCGCAAGAAGACGGAGGCCCUUCUCGUGGAGACACAGCGCAAUCUGGAGAACGAGCAGAAGACGCGGGCACGCGACCUAAACAUAAACGACAAGGUGGUCUCGCUCGAAAAGCAGCUGCUUGAGAUGGAGCAGAGCUACAAAACCGAGACGGAGCACACGCAGAAGCUGAAGAAGCACAACACCGAGCUGGACUUCACGGUCAAGUCGCAUGAGGAGAAGGUCCGCGACAUGGUCGACAUGAUCGACACGCUCCAAAAGCACAAGGAGGAACUCGGCCAGGAGAACGCCGAGCUGCAGGCGCUGGUGGUGCAGGAGAAGAAUCUGCGCUCGCAGCUCAAGGAGAUGCACAAGGAGGCCGAGAACAAGAUGCAGACGCUGAUCAACGACAUUGAGCGAACUCUGGCUCGCGAGCAGAAGGCGCAGGAGGACAAUCGGGCGCUGCUUGAGAAGAUCAGUGACCUGGAGAAGGCGCACGCGGGUCUCGACUUUGAGCUGAAGGCGGCCCAGGGCCGUUACCAGCAGGAGGUCAAGGCCCACCAGGAGACCGAGAAGUCGCGCCUCGUCUCCCGCGAGGAGGCCAAUCUGCAGGAGGUCAAGGCGCUGCAGUCAAAGCUUAACGAGGAGAAGUCCGCCCGCAUCAAGGCCGAUCAGCAUUCGCAGGAAAAGGAGCGCCAACUGAGCAUGCUAUCCGUGGACUAUCGCCAAAUCCAGCUGCGCCUCCAGAAGCUCGAGGGCGAGUGCCGCCAGGAGUCGGAGAAGGUAGCAGCUCUGCAGUCGCAGCUUGACCAGGAGCACAGCAAGCGCAACGCCCUGCUGUCGGAGCUCAGUCUGCACAGCUCGGAGGUGGCGCACCUGCGUUCCCGCGAAAACCAGCUGCAAAAGGAGCUAGCUGCCCAGCGCGAGGCGAAGCGACGCUUCGAGGAGGACCUCACCCAGCUAAAGGGCACCCACCACGAGGCGCUGGCCAACAACCGCGAACUGCAGGCCCAACUCGAAGCGGAGCAGUGCUUCUCGCGGCUGUACAAAACGCAGGCGAACGAGAACCGCGAGGAGAGCGCAGAGCGGCUGCUCAAGAUCGAGGAUCUCGAGGAGGAGCGCGUUUCACUCAAGCACCAGGUGCAGGUGGCCGUUGCACGGGCGGACUCGGAAGCUUUGGCCCGCUCCAUUGCCGAGGAGACGGUGGCCGAUCUUGAGAAGGAGAAAACGAUCAAGGAGCUGGAGCUGAAGGACUUCGUGAUGAAGCACCGCAACGAGAUCAACGCCAAGGAUGCGGCCCUGGGCACGCUCAAGGAGGCCGAGAUCGAGCUGCACAAGAAGCUGGGCCAGAAGGGAGUGGAGUGCGAGGAUCUCGUCCAGCAGCACAAGAAGCAGCAGGAGGAGCUGGCGCUGAUGAGGAGCAGCAAGGACGAGGAGAUCGCCAAGCUGCUGGACAAGUGCAAGAACGAGGUCCUCCUCAAACAAGUGGCGGUCAACAAGUUGGCCGAGGUGAUGAACCGUCGCGACUCCGACCUGCCCAAGCAAAAGAACAAGGCCCGUUCCACCGCGGAGCUGCGCAAGAAGGAGAAGGAGAUGCGCCGGCUGCAGCAGGAGCUGUCGCAGGAGCGCGACAAGUUCAACCAGCUGCUACUGAAGCACCAGGACCUGCAGCAGCUGUGCGCCGAGGAGCAGCAGCUCAAGCAGAAGAUGGUCAUGGAAAUCGACUGCAAGGCCACCGAGAUCGAGCACCUGCAGAGCAAGCUCAACGAGACGGCGUCGCUCUCCUCGGCGGACAACGAUCCCGAGGACAGCCAGCACUCCUCUCUGCUCUCCCUCACACAGGACUCGGUAUUCGAGGGCUGGCUGAGUGUGCCCAACAAGCAGAACCGGCGACGUGGUCACGGCUGGAAGCGCCAGUACGUCAUCGUCUCGUCGCGCAAGAUCAUCUUCUACAACUCGGACAUUGACAAGCACAACACCACGGAUGCCGUGCUCAUCCUGGACCUGAGCAAGGUGUACCAUGUUCGUAGCGUUACUCAGGGCGAUGUCAUACGCGCCGAUGCCAAAGAGAUUCCGCGCAUCUUCCAGCUGCUGUACGCCGGCGAGGGCGCCUCCCAUCGUCCCGAUGAGCAGAGCCAGCUGGAUGUGAGUGUGCUGCAUGGUAAUAGCAAUGAGGAGCGCCCAGGCACAAUUGUCCACAAAGGUCACGAGUUCGUCCACAUAACCUACCACAUGCCCACGGCCUGCGAGGUGUGCCCGAAGCCCUUGUGGCACAUGUUCAAGCCGCCGGCGGCUUACGAAUGCAAGAGAUGCCGCAACAAGAUUCACAAGGAGCAUGUGGACAAGCACGACCCGCUGGCGCCCUGCAAGCUGAACCACGAUCCUCGCAGCGCACGGGACAUGCUGCUGUUGGCCUCCUCGCCCGAGGAUCAGUCUGUGUGGGUUGCGCGCCUGCUGAAGCGUAUCCAAAAGAGUGGAUACAAGGCCAACUCGUCCAACAACAACAGCACCGAUGGCAGCAAGAUAUCGCCCAGCCAAUCGACGCGAUCCUCCUACAAGCCGUAUGCGGUUAAUGUGCAACGCUCCGCCACGCUGCCAGCCAAUUCGUCGCUGAAAUGAACGCCAAGCGAUCCAAUCCGAUCCGAUCCGAUCCGAUCCCAGAUCCCAGAUGCCAGAUCCCAGGCGUGGCAAUGCAGCUGGAGCCGGGAGCCGCAAGUCUCCAGCCCCAACGAAACUAAAGCUAUGCAAACUGAUACUGAUAUAUAGAGAGAAAAGAAACAGAGAGAGCAACUGCAACUACUAUCUUAAAUAUAUAUAUGCUCUAAACAUACAUGCUACAGUAAUCUACAAAUAUUUUUUGAGUAAUUUACAAGCUAAACUAAACUACAACUAAACUGAAACUAAACCUAAUACUAAAACUGUAUCUUAAAGAACAUGUGUAAAGCCAAUGCAACUCGUUUAACGCUUACCUAACACAUCAGGCAGGAUGGUGAGAAGAAGGUCUAGAAAAGAAGUGGCAACGUCAAGCGGGUCAGAUGAACCAUGGAUUGUACUUUAUAUACUAUAUAAUAUAUACAAAUAUAAAUACGAUAUGGUAUUGUACGACUUGCUAUUAUUGUCACCUCAGCUCAGCACAACGAUGAGAGCUGUACUUAGUUAAGUGAAUCCAUGUCGCAGCAAGGGAGAGGAACUUUGAAGGAGUUACUUCCUCCGUCGUCUCCCUUUUUACAUAUAUUGAUGCCUUGUAAGAACUUUUUUUUUUGAUAUAUAUAUAUAUAUUGUAUACAUAUACUUGUUGUUGUUGUGUAGCGAAUCUGAUUGGCCAAACGUUGUUCUUAGUUGAUAACAAAUAAUUGCAUAUGAACAGAGCUAUACAAUAUAUAGAUAUUCAUAUAUACUCCUCCAAGAGCAUAUCCUGUAAGCCACAUGCCAGCUAACAACAAACGAAUCGAGCAACCAACAAACCAGAACUAAGUUAAAGCCACUUUACAAAGCUUUAACUUGUAUUCCAUUUAAUGAGCACUCUUUUUACAUAAAUAACCUAGAUUUACUUGUACAAGAUCGAACGAAUUGCGCGAUAUUGAUAAAGGCGAAUAUCCAAUCAGUUACUUAAAUAGCAAACGCGAUAGCAUCUAAAUAUAUAAAAGUCCUGUUUCAGUUUCCAGUUCCGAUUCACAGUCGGUGUAAAGUAAAACCUACAGUUAAUUUUUUCAAACGGAAUUUCCCCAAGCAACGAACAUGAUGCGGGAACCGGAAACGGAAACGAAACGGAACAGAGUGUCUCUAGCCAUGGACAGAGCGAAACAUGAAUCGAAACUAAACUAAAGUAACGUAAAGUAAAUAAAGUAAAGUGUACACCUAACUAUACAAAACGAAAGAUGCGACACAGAGUUGUGUGUAAAAGGCUACAUCUAAGUAUUAAAUAUCCAAUAUGUUCUAGUUGUAAGCUAAGCAAAUUAUUUAUUUAUAUCCUUGUUCGACGGCGCCAUCUAGCGCCCGACAACAGAAACGGCAGCAGCUUAGCACUCUCCCAAUUUGUAUGAUUUGUAUUCCAUUAAUGUUGAUUUUACUUAUGAUUUCGAACCCGUUUUGAGUUUUGUAAUUUGAGUAGCAGUAGUUCGUUUAACAGAGUUUACAAAGUGAGAGGCGCCAGCGAAUUGCAUUUAAAAGUAACGAUCAUAGCGAUAUAUAUAUUUCGAAGUUUCGUUUCGGGUUUUCUUUCUUUGAGCAUCGGUAGUCGAUUGUUGUUAAUCGCUAAUCGCUAAUUGCCUAUCGAUACUUUUGGACUUUGAUUUUGAAAUCGAAGCGCUGCUUUCAUUUUAACUUUGUAUCUUAUUUGCACUAUUAUUAUGAUGAUCAUUCGUAUUACGUUUAUGUUUAAUUGUACUCUCUAGUUUAACCACGUUUGUAAUUGCAUUUGUCCUCGAAUCUUAUCGACAGGCAUCCAAAUGGAAUUGCAAGCGUCAAGCAAAUAAAACGAUAAUGUGUAUAAAAUCAGUA